ACCACUAGGGAACAGCAUUACUCUAAGACAAGAGGAGGAAGUGGCUGGGCAAAAUGAAAACAUCGUGAAAAGAUGGAAGUGCCGUUUAUAUUUGUGACUGACCGACAGAGUUCCGAGAUUUUUUAUAGCAAACAUGCCCACGACUAUUUUGUAAGAAAAUUGUGCUCUUCUUGAAUUUGUUGUUGGAAGAGAGUAGCGCCGUGUAAAUGCUUUUUAUCUCCUCUUCCUCGUUCACGGAGAGUCGUAGAAAACGAGCUCAUUACUGAAAGAAGGAAUCGUAGUGUCUUAACAGCUACUUAUCUGCUUUGUGUUAACAUAGAGAUACAUAAGUACGAGACCAUAAUGGCUGAGAACACAGGGGAAGAGUCGAUUGGGGGGAUGGGAUUGACUGGUGGAGCGACUCAGAACAGCGGGACCAACUCGUUUCCGAGUUUAGGAAAUUCUCUGCCGGGGGACUCGAGUGAAAUUAACCCAGCCUCACCGUCUCCCGCAACGGCUGCAGAGACUGGCCUUGCCGUUAUAGUCCCGGGUAUUGCAGACCUGCCUGCUUCGCCGGUGGGAAGUGGUUUUGGCACAGCGAUAGGUGUUCUUGGAACGGCAGUGGGCACAGCAAUUCUAGCACCGUCUUCCGCUGCCCCUGCUGUUCUUCCUCCCAGCAUUGGCUUGGCUGUCACCGGCAGCCAAAACCUGGCUGGGGCGGGUCUUCUCACCCAGAUACACUCGACUUUCUGGGAUCCAACGCUCAGCACAGACUGGGAUAACGAAAAGCCCUCCCAACAAUGCAUUCUCCGGAUUAAAAGGGAUAUUAUGUCCAUCUACAAAGAACCUCCACCAGGCAUGUUUGUGGUCCCUGACCCUCACGACAUGACAAAGAUCUAUGCCCUGAUCACUGGACCAUUUGACACGCCCUACGAAGGGGGUUUUUUCCUCUUCCUGUUCCGUUGUCCCCCUGACUAUCCAAUCCACCCACCUCGUGUGAAACUGAUCACUACAGGCAACAACACUGUGCGCUUCAAUCCCAAUUUUUACCGUAAUGGCAAAGUUUGCCUCAGCAUCCUUGGGACCUGGACGGGGCCUGCAUGGAGCCCAGCCCAGAGUAUCUCCUCAGUCCUGAUCUCCAUCCAGUCUUUGAUGACUGAGAACCCCUAUCACAAUGAACCGGGCUUUGAACAGGAGAGACACCCAGGGGACAGUAAGAACUACAAUGAGUGCAUUCGCCAUGAGACCAUGAGGGUGGCUGUGUGUGACAUGCUGGAUGGCAAAUGUCCCUCUCCUGAAGCUCUCUGGAGUGUAAUGGAGAAGUCUUUCUUGGAGUACUAUGACUUCUAUGAGGGGGUCUGCAAGGAGCGCCUGCAUCUUCAGGGACAGACAAUGCAGGACCCAUUUGGUGAGAAGCGUGGCCAUUUCGACUAUCAGAACCUACUGUCACGGCUGCAGAGCAUCCACCAGCGUGUGCGUGAGAAGUGUCAGCUGGAGGAGAAUGAUGCUGAUACAGACUCUGAUACCAGCUCCUCAGGCACGGACCCAGACAGCCAAGGCAGUUCCAAGCCAUAGCCAGGGGCACCACACACAUGCAAGUUCCUGCCCCUUCUUUAUACUACUCCCUCUGCAGAGCACUGAUGCUCUACAGACAGCUCUGUUCUACAGCUAGGGGGAAUGUUCAUUUUUCUUUGUUGUCAGGAGCGAGCUGCCUGAUGAAACAAAUGAGAUUGGAGAUGAGUGCGAGUGGACAGGUGGCGGUAAGUGAAUAAAAUGGAGUGUAGAAAAGUCCCUGCCACCAUUUACAGAGAAUCUCUGAAGCUUAAGACUUUGAAACAGACAUGGCGUGGAUGCUCACCUGCCUGUUUUUUUUUGUCAUGUUUUUCAUGAAAUGCUUGUUUUUUGGAGUCAAACUACAGAAUGUUGUAUCCAGGGAGACGGUGUGAGCAAGGGCCCUAGUGAAGAAAAUGGGUAGCAUUCACAGCCCCCCUUCUGUAAGAUUAGCCCAUGCAGGUCUGGAUUCUCCUGUCUUUUUUGAUGAAAGUGAUGAUGGUGCAGUGGUAAACAUAAAAGUGUAAUAGUUCCCAGGUGUGCUAUGUCAUUAUGGCUCCAUUUUAAACCUAGCCAUACAGCUGAGAGAGAAAUAGUCAGAGAACCACUAGAUGGAAUUUGUUUGACUAGAAGGCUCUCUGUUCAAGUAGACUAUAGUUUUUAAAUGCUUCAUUUUUGCAUUAAGCAGAUGCACAAACCACGUUUUUCUGCUGGGUAUUGAGUUUCUUUUUGCUUUGUUUCUUGACACAUACAAACUACUUUAUUCUAUCAUUGAGUCAAAUUUCAUAAUAAACUAAUACAAAUCAAACAAAAUUAUUCAAAUACAAAUAUAUUGAAGUGUAAAUGUAUUUAAUAGAUUAAUCAGUGUUUGAAAGAAUGGAGAAUUCACUGACUCCUUGAUUUGGUUGCUGACAAUUGUAUUACAGAAGGUUAUUGAAACCAACCAUGCCUUCUAGAAAUUGACAGUGUGGGCUCCCCUAGAAGAAAAUCUGCACCUGGAGGAAAUUCAUAACACCAGCCUGUACUAUACAUUAAAACACCCUCAUUCCAUGGCCAUGUUUGUGAUUUUGGGAUUAUAUAAAUAUUCAAAAUAUGGUGACUGGAUACAAAUACCCAUACUGAUAAACCCUUGCGGAGUUCAUAUUUCAAAUUCCAAAUGCUGAUGUUCGUUAAGCAUUAUGUUGAUACAAAUUAAAUACGAAGCCAGAAAAGAAAACACUUUGCUACAAGUUGUAAAUAGCAGCACAGUGCAUCAGAUAUAGAGUUUUGUAAAUCAGUUUUGUAAAUUAGUGCUUGUUAUUGAUAUUGUAGCCAACUAUCCAAAUUCAGACGUACCAAUCACCAUUCUAGAUGUAUUGAGAUUGAGAGAAUUAUAAUUGAUCUUGCUAUGCAUUGUCUGUGUCAUCCUAUGGUGUGUAGUUGACUUGUCAUUGGUCAUCAUUUUUGUAGGCCAGUACAUAUGGACAAUGUUCAGAUUGUGUCUGUGACUAGGCCAUUGUUUAGUGUACUCUAGUAAAGCACAGGGAGAUCCCUCUUUCAAGGGGAUUCUCCUCUUCAUUGCAUAACAGUGUGCUCGACUGAGUGACCAGAUGUAGUUCCAGGCCAGGUGAACAUAUUGAUGAAAGGCUUACCUUAAAUCGUCUUCAGUCCAUUGAAAUAGAUGAGGAAUCACUCUUUUCUUCCUUGUGUUUUUCUGAGGGUGUUCUUCCACAUUUUGAUUGAAUUCUGUUCCAUAGUCUGGUGUUUUUGUAUUAAGUAUUUGUGCUUUCACCAAACUGGACUUGAACUGACAUGAAGAGCUUUGUACCUUAAUGUUUUUGCCUGUUUGAGAGCUCAAGUUAGCGCAUUCGGUCAAGUCUUUGCAUUUCUAUUCUAAUUCAUCAACCUCCGUGCAACUUGUCCAUCUGAGAAUUUCAGUACCAUGACCUGGCAUGUCAGACAUGUCAUUUCAGAAAGAGACUAGAUGGUGCCAUUUCCCAAGGAUCACCAUGCAACUGGUUCAAGCUUAUGAUUAAUACAUCUAGAACAUGAAGAAAUCAAACGUAAUGUUCAAAAGCCAUUUGGCUCACGUGUAGAACAGUUUUCAAAAUCAAAAACUUUGUUCUGUUUGCAUUCUUUCAUUUUCAACAUUGGAUUCCUAUCAGUUUAGGAACACAAGUGGGAUUAAAAAUGUUUUAUAGGUAAAUAUUUCUGGAGAUUUGCCAGUGUCUGAGGUAGGAUGUGUUCCAGUGGUGCCUAUAGGAUUAUUUCAUGCAAACCAGAAAGUCAACUCACCUUUGAUACUCCAAAGAUCAGUAGCACCUUCUCUGGAAAAAAGGCAGAAAAAAACAGGUAGAAAUAGAAGCAAAUUCAGUAGUCUUGAAAAUAGUUAAGCAAUUUGUUCAUUAGAUUUUGAUUGGAUUUUAACUUGGCUUUUUUAAUUGAUCAUCUAUUCAUCGUAGGUUAGUAUUGUGGGGGAAUUCAGUACAUAUGGUAACAUGACAAUCUAAACUGAAAGAGAAGCUCUGGAUUCAUUGCAUGGUGAUUCUUUGUAGCUCUGAUAUGUAAAAGCAUGUUGCUGUUGUGCUAUUGUGUAUAAUGCACUGUUAUUUUUGUUUUUGUUUUGCAUUGGGUUUUUAUUUUUGAGCAAGGGAAUUUAAAUAAUGGUCCAGGAUUAUAACUGACCAACACCUUGACUGUCUUGAUCUCUAUAAGCAAAUGACUGCCUCCUAUUGGAAGAUUCCAAUGACUAAAUAAUUUUGCAUUUGAAAUAUAGUGCUGUAGUGGUAUGCACUUAUUGUACAUCUCUUUGGAAAAAAGUGCCUGACAAAUAUAAUGUCAUGUAAUGGAAUGGAAUGAAGAGGCUCUGGGUAGAAGUUAUGCAGGAUGAGGCUUAGCCAUUCUUAGCCAUAAGCUCAAACAUAAGUGAUUCACUUGAGAUAAGAAGAAAACCAGCAAAUACAAAGGUACUACAGGCCCAGGACUGCUGUACGCACACGUUAACAUUCUAUGUUAAUGUUUUUUUCCAAGGAUCGCAUGCUCCUAAGUUGAAAAAAUAUAAUGCAUCCCAAUUAGUAGAUGUGCUACAAAAAAAUUCCAGUUAGCACACAUCAGUUUUCAGGAAUAAAUGCUCCUAAAAUAGCUGCACUGUAGAGUCCUGACACAUUCUUCUCAGUGGUGGUCCUGAAGGGACACAGUAUCCACUGGCUUUGGUCUCAGCCAGGCACUUAACCCCCACAUUUAACUCUUCCUUUGUCAUGGUAGAACCAUGUUCUUACCACUUGUUAGUUUUGUGGUUUAACGGAUUGAGAUAAAUCUGCUGAACUACAACUCUCCAGGCCAGCUGAGUAUUCUUGCUGAACAUGAAAAAACUAUUAAUAUCUCCCUCUGAACCUUUUUACAAAAAGACAGGCACAAUAUAAAGUAUCUUCAAGGAGUCUGAAUAGUUUUGCACAGUUUUACAGAUAUGCACUACACUGAAAGCUUGAAGUUAUUAAAAUCAGUGGAGUAAAAACAAAUCUGUACUCGCGGUUGAAUGGCCAUGAUGGAGUCAUUCCAGGAUUUUACAGCGGUCUUACCGAAGAUACAUCCUGUUUCCCUCUUUUUUGGAUUGGCUUUUCUAUAGUCAAAAUGGUACGGUAAAACUCAACCUACUUCUCACAUUUCCAUACUGCAGGGAGAUAAGUUUUGGUUCUUCAACGUUAUGCUCAUCUGACCAUUCUUGUGCCUUUUGUUAUUUAUCUUUGCAUUUUGUAUUUUUGUUUUUGACAUUGCAUAAAUUUAUCACUUGCGCAACACUCUGCCUUCAUAUCCAGCGAAAACAGUGUUGCAUCAUUUCCUGUGGCUAGAUGGUGAAGUCUUUACAAAAGUGUGUGUUAUUUUUCUGUGAUCUGAUGUUAAUAAACUUCAUUUGCAGGGUAA